AUGGCUCCGUUUAAACGCCAGAAAACCAUACAUGUGGCGAGGGUCAAAAGGCGUAUUCAUAGCAUCGUACCAUGGAUACAGAACCCCCUCCAGGGCGUCGACAAGCAACACCUGGUCUUCGCACCGAGGCAUGAGGCCAGCACGCUCGAGCUGUUCUUCGAUCUCUUCUUCGUCGCCAACCUCGCCACCUUCACCUCGUACCACUACAUCGUGGACCACUCCUCCUUGUUCGCUUACAUCGGUUUCUUUGCCAUCAUCUGGGUGACAUGGUUCCACACCGUCCUCUACGAUGUCCGCUUCGAGAACGACAGCAUCUACAGCCGGGUAUGCAAGACCGUCAUCAUGAUCGCCUUCGUAGGCUUCGCUUUGGUGGGGUCAGCGUUUGCACCGGGCACGGUGAAGGGCGACAACACCAACUUCCGGGUCCUGUGCUACACCCUAGUCAUGAGCCGCGUGCUGUUCAGCAUACAGUACCUCGUUCUGAUCGUUUUCAUCGCCAAGGCGAGGCGGACAGACCUGUAUCUGCCCUUGUCCCUGAACAGCUUUGUUUACAUCGCGGCCACGGCCGCAUAUGCCGCCAUGAUCCCGUCCUUUGCGGAGUCUAAGCCGGUAGACAGCCAUAACGGCAUCUACAGCAUCUGGUGGAUUAUCAUGUCUCUCGAGACAGUCGGUACCAUCGCCAUCUCGAGUUGCUGGAGAAUGUUGAGCUUCAAGAAGACGCACCUGGUCGAGCGCAUGGGGUUGCUCACGCUGAUUGUCAUUGGCGAGGGUGCCAUUGGCGUGACCAAGACCAUCUCCCGCAUGAUGGGGAAGGGCGGACUCGACCCGGAGGGGUCUGGUUUGGUUCUCUGCAUUGUUUUGAUCUUGGUCGGUAUGUGGAUGAUCUACUUUGACCACCAGCCGCACAGCCACUUUGGUACCAUCAAACAGCAGAUCUGGUCCUGCCUCCAUUUCCCCAUCCACCUUGCCAUCGUGGGCCUGGCUGAGGGCGCCCAGCAGCUGGCCUUGGCCCGGUACGUGGCAAAGAGCAUUGCACGAUUCGAGAGGUCAGUGGUGCAGUACUGCCUCAUAGAUCACCUCGACGGCGAGGAUUUGGUUGAGAAGUUGACCGCUUCCGUCAAGUACUUGCAGCUCGACAAGAAGUUGACAAGUCUCGUCUUCCUCCCCACCAUUACCGAGGACAUCAUGCAGAUCGGCAACGCAACAGGCAUCUGCGGUAGCAGCGUGGAAGGCACCAAUAACGGCGACUGGCCCGACCUAGUGCUGAUCUUUUACAAGCACACGGCGGCAGCCCUGUACAGCUCGCUCGGCCUGAGCAUGCCACUCAACGAGGAUGUCAUCACCAUCAUGCUCGACUCGUGGAAACUCAUCUACCGAUACUUUUGGAGCGCCUUCCUGAUCCUCGUCGGCUGCUUCCUCGUCGUCAUGAUCUUGAUCCGGACGACCAAGGUGGAUGCCUUCGACUACGUGGCCCUGACCACACGUUUCUUCGUUCUCAUUGGCGGUGGCGUGAUUCUCGGCCUGUCGGCCAGUCCCGGCAUCCUGUACGACCUACUCGGGUCGCCUGCCAUGCUCCCCAUCGCCGUCAUUUUGUUGUACUUGAUCAUCAUGCUCGACCGGCUCGGCGCCUACAUUGCCAAUAGGAGGAACGCCAACUCGGGAGACCCUCUCAUCGGAGAUGUACACGGCCACGGGCACCACGAGCACGGACACGACGGACAUAACCAAGGACACGGCGAUGGGCACCACGAUUAUGGUUCGCGCGGUCACGAUUCCGAGAAGCAGAGGCUCAAGGUCUCGACAACACGCGGAGGUGCGAGGCCACGCCAUGGGAGAGUCAGGACGCCGGUGCCAUACAGCCCGCCUCCUACUAAUACUUGGGUGGAGACGUCGUAUGGUUCUCCAGAGACGCCCCCUUUGUAUGCAUCUCCGCGGAUCUAUGAUGCACCCCGGCCACCUGCUCCAGUGUCGGAACAGGUUCUGAUAGACGCGAGAUAUGCCCCGCGUGGGUACAUGCCGGUACAAAACGACCAGUAUACCGGCAGGGGGUAUUAA